GAAGGAAAAAGGCCCAGCCCCGACACCGUAACGGAGUAGGGGGAGGGGUUUAGAUUGGUAAUCGUGGUGCUUUGUUAAGAGUACAGAGAAAUCAUUUGGGCUGUGCUUUGGUAUCUAAGGGUGGGGUUAUUUUUACAUAUACAACAGAGCGAGGCCUUCCUGGGACUUGGGGUAAUAACAUGUACAUUUUUCAUUAUUUCUGCCAUGGUUUAUGUUGCUGUUAUUUGUGUAUCAGCUGCAGCCUGUAUGUAUGCAUUGGGUGGUGCAUUCUUCUUUGUCAGGCUAGAAUCUGUUCUCUGUUUCAUUUAACUAGAAGAGGAAAGAAGGAAACAGCAAGGAAAUAAGAACAAGCUCUUAAUGCUUGAGAUGUCCUGAUGCAUGAAAGCCUGGGUUUUUUUUGGCUUCCUGGAGAAACAGUAGAAAAUGCAAAACAACGAAAUAAUAAAGCCUGCUAAAUACUUCUCAGAAGUGGAAAAGAGUGUGCUGCUUGCAUUAGUUGAAAAAUACAAAUAUGUACUUGAGUGUAAAAAAAGCGAUGCAAGAACUAUUGCAUUGAAACAACGUACUUGGCAAGCGCUUGCCCAUGAAUAUAAUUCUCAACCUAGUGUAUCACUACGAGAUUUCAAGCAGUUAAAGAAAUGCUGGGAAAAUAUCAAGGCACGGACAAAAAAGAUAAUGGCACAUGAAAGACGGGAGAAAGUAAAAAGAAGUAUUAGUCCACUUAUAAAUACUCACAUCAUAGGGAAAGAGAAGAUUGCCAGCAUGAUGCCUGAGCAAAUGUACUUUAUACAGAGUCCACCAGAAGAAGAUUCUGAAUAUCAACCUGAUGCUUCUAACCAAGAGUCAUUUGCUGUCUCAAACAGAGAACUGUGUGAUGAAGAGAAAGAGAUAGUACAUUUCCCAAUAUGUGAAGGCACCUCCCAACCUGAGCCCUCAUGUUCAGCUGUCAGAAUAACAGCGAAUAAAAACUACCGAAGUAAAGCCACUCAGGAGGGAGCUUUGAAAAAGAUGCACGAGGAAGAGCAUCACCAGCAAAUGUCAAUUUUACAACUGCAACUGAUACAAAUGAAUGAAGUGCAUGUGGCAAAAAUACAACAGAUAGAAAGGGAGUGUGAGAUGGCUGAAGAGGAACACCGGAUAAAAAUGGAAGUGCUAAAUAAAAAGAAAAUGUAUUGGGAGAGAAAACUGCAAACCAUCACAAAAGAAUGGCCUGUAUCAUCCUUUAACAGACCCUUUCCUAAUUCACCCUAGAAUUUAUGGUGGGCAGAGAAAAUCUGAUUGAGCACAUUGUUACUAAGGUGUAUUGGCAAGAGGGUCUAUUAAAAUUAAUGUAGUGUGACAGAGUGGAUGUUCAGUCAAUAGUGAACAUGUUUGGACUCCUUAAUACCAUCUAGGAAUACAGAUUGGAUGAGUCUAAUAAGGGAAAGUUCUAUAGUUCAUUUGUGGGUGAGCUCUGAAAGUAAAUUGUCUCUUCUUUGAGUUUCAGAUAUGCACAGUAGUACUUGUGAAUUGUGAGCAUAACGUUUGUUCCUCUAUCAAGUUCCAACUGCCCUUUUUUAAUCUAGGAAGUUCCUAUAGAGUAGACACCCCUGAAAUUUGAGUAUGGUUUAAAACUUCGGCUUUACAACUUUACACUUUCAAUUAUAUUGCCUGUUUUCUAGCCCUUUCCUCCAUUUCCUGGUUGAAGGCAGGGGUUGGAGUCAUUCUUUGUUCUCACACUGAUCACAGCAGAUAUUUGACAGGCAGUAACCUAACUGCUAUACAGGGACAUAGAGGAAAUCCCCUCCCCAUCUUUCUUUUUUUAUUACUAUUUUAUUAUUCCUUCUCUGCAGCAGGUAAGUGAAAAUGAAGGAGCCAGUGAGGAGACAAGAGGACCAUUCUAGUAGGUAAUUUGCAGGGAAAGGAAAUCAAAACCUCCAACCAGCUGGCUGAUUGAGACGAUGGUUGGGCAUUGGCCUGCUCGCUGCUAGGGCCAUAACUGUUGGAAAGAGGGAAAGAAGAGGAUAUUUUCCCAGAAGCAGCUACUUUUGGCUGCACUCUCUCAGUCCUAUCCUAUCACCCAGGUAUAUAUGCAGGAACUAGAAGUAGGUGAGGGAAGAUGCUACUGCAGCUGCUAGAGAAAGAAGACAGCCCCUUAACUGCACUGUACACCUGACAUCAUUCUGUGGAUAAAAGCUUUUCUGCUGCUUCAUGUAGCUCUUAAGAAACAGCUGGCUGGCUAUCUUGCCAACAAGCAAUUCUUCCCAGCAGCCAGCUAAUGGAUUUAGAUCUUGCUCCUUAUUAGAAGUGGGGUCUGUUGUGGAUCCUGCUCUUUUCUCACCAACUCAACAUACUUCUAGAGGUAAAAGCAGAUUUUCACUUGGCGCGGUGCCCUAUACCUGUGAAUUCUGUCUGCUUGGCUGUGUCGCACAUGUCAGCCCAGAGCCACCCUGCCUCUGCUAUCAACCAGGGAUUCCUGUUGUCUUUAUUUACUUAUAUGUAUCAGAAUAGCACCUAGGGGCCUCAACAGAAACUGGUGCCCUCUUGUGCUAGGUGCUACACAGACACAUAAUAAAAGAUUGCCCCCACCCUGAAGAUCUAGGCUAAAGAAGACAAGGGCUGGGAAAUGGGCAAUACGAAACCAAGGGUAAAGUAUUAAAGUGCACAUUUUAGAACAAAUUUAGAGGUUUACUCUAAAGGAUCUUCCUCUAUCCGAAAAGGUGUUUUGGAGGGAGAGGCAUUUUAAAUGAGCAGAAAAACCCUUAUUUUUUAUUCAGUUAUAAAAUUGAGAGUUCCAUUAUUUUAAAUGUAUUUUCCCCCACAGAUAAUGGUUAAUAGGAAGAAAACCAUACAUUAGCAAUAUUUUUCAAAUGCAAACAAAUUUUAAAAGGUGUCAUCUUCCCUCUGUUGUGUUCCACCUCCUGCCUCUUCUCUGGAUUUCCUUCCUGCUGCGAGCUUUCAUAUUUAUUUUUCUCUUGGUCACUUUUCCCUGCUGCUGAUGCAUACUUGUAGGCUUUGCUCCGGUCAGUCAUAAUAUGCUGCCUGCACCAUAGUGGUGAAAGUGAAGAGAGUGGUGCUGUUUCAGUGCUGCUUCUCCUGAAUGAUUGACAAAAUCAGUUCUGGCAGAGAUGCAGCAGGCACAAACAUGAGGCUGGUAUGAAAUCUAAAGGGCAAUUCUAUUGGGUAGCAAAAUCCCAUUCUCAGUGUGGAUGGACUCCCUCUUCUGGCAAUUGGCUGUAAGAAGGAGAAGACAGUAGGGCGUGAGGGUACUAAUUCUGUUGGCCUGAAAGGAACACAAUGUUGGAGUGUGGGACAAUAAUCUAUGAUUCAGGGUAGGGGGAAUUAAAGAGGAGAAUUAGGGUUGGGGAGGGCAAUUCUUUGAUCUGAGGCCUUGAACUGUGGUUUAGGGGGUGAGAAUGCUUUGAGUGGAGAUGGUGAUGGCCCAUGCACCUAUUUAAAAAAAAAAAAAAA